AUAUAUCUGUAUUACUAAAAGUAUGAUCUUGACCACUUCCUGUUGUUCUGUAUAUUAAUUUUAGAAAAAACGCUGCCACUUACGCCUGUGAUUUUUGGGCAUCUGACACAGUCCCUCUCCGCUGUGCAGGACAAGAGGAUUUUCCCCUUGUUUUUAGGAGUGCAGGAUGUGUGUCAAGUGUCAAGUGUGUUUUAUUGUCAUAUGUCAUGAGAUGAGUUCUGGGCAGAUCAGCCAUGAUCAUAUUGAAUGGUGAGGGAAGCUUGAGGGACUUGGUUAGGAAUUACCUACUUCUCUUUGUAGUGUGAUCAAAACACAGUGAACCAAAAUUAAAAAUAAUUGCAGAAGCAUUAGAGGCAUGAUGUGGGUAAAAAUAUCAGCAGAGUGGGAGGGGUUGAGAACUAGCUGCUUGAGUGAAACAGGAUGACGGAUGCUGAGAGAAUUUUUAAAUGGAAGGAUCUGUGGAUUGGUUCUCCCCAGCCUCUUGCUUCUUGUGAGCUUUAGAAAUGAUUCCUUUGAUUUGAACAUAAAAUACCAAAUAUAUGAAGCUUGUAGUUAAUAUCAAAAAUAGUAAGAUUAAACGAGAACUUACCAGUUUGAAGUUUGAUCUGUGUUUUAUGAGGAGUUACGAUGAGGGAUUAUGUGAAGAGCCCGCUCAGCACGCAUGCGCGGCAUACUUCAAAGCAGCGGUGUGGAAUCACAGAUAGACACAGUUAUUGAAGUAAACAUAGUAAAGAAAAGGAGACAUCAGUUUAUCAGUUUGACCCAUAUUAUUGAGGGUGAGAGCGGAGGGCACGUAAUCCCUCAUCGUAACUCCUCAUAAAAUACAGAUCAAACUUAAAACUGGUAAGUUCUCGUUUAAUCUUACUAUUUUACUUCGGAGUCACGGACUGUGAAAUCACAGACUUCAAAGCUCUGUGAUUUCAAACCGUGUAACAGGUAUUACUUCACGCACUGUCGAAAUCCUUGAGGGAGGAAGUGUGUUAUCGUAAUGAACCAAUGAAUCUGUUCGGAGAAAGAAACACAAUGGUAUUUUUUAACAAUAACAACAAAGAAAUUAAAUUGCUCCCCUGGGCUUAAAUUAAAUAUUUGCAGUCUGUAAAAUCUUUUUUGCAAAUAAAACAGGUUUUGCCAACGGCUUAUUAUAAAAUUUCUGAACGGUCUUUCCCCCAACCAUCCUGCUGUAGCCAGGAUGUGGUCUAUAGGCACAUCCAUUCUUUUAGCCGUCGACAUGGAUGCUGCCCUGGUGGAAUGAGAUUUGUACAUGUUAGUGUUUAUCCCAGCAGCUUUUAGCACCUGCUUGAGCCAGUCUGGAGCUGUGAGCAUGGUGUCCAGUCGCAAUAGGUGUAGUGACUGGACCCUUUGUGCAGAUACAAGUGCCAUCAACAUGAGUGUUUUGUGCAUAGAUUGUUCCAGGUUGAGGGAUCUGGCUGGUGGCCAUCCCCUGAGGUAUGUCAGGACCACACUGACAUCCCAUAUAUGGGUGUACCUUGGUCUAGGGGGUUAGAGUUGUAAAUACCCUUCAUUAGUUUGACCACCAGCAGGUGGGACCCCAUGGCCUGUUGUCCUGGAGCUGGUUUUAAAUAGACAGGCAGGGCACUUCUAGCUGUGUUGAUGGCUCUGUACCUGAAGUCCUUCAUCGUGGUGAACGUUCGCCAGGAAUUCCAGUACGUUGGUAACUGUUGCGGUUGAGUAGGUGGUCCCUGUACCAAGCAGUACUUCUCCCAUUUUUUGCUGCUGGACAAGUGCUGUUUUUUAGUGGAUGUUCGGAGGGAUGCUGACAUGGUGUCGACGGUUUGUUCUGAUAAUUCCAGCCCCAGAAGUGGUUUAUGCAGAAUCUGCAACCCAGGAGUUUGAUUUUUUUCAUGGCACGGGUGGCUUGUGCCCGACACUGGGUGUUAAUAACUCUGGGUCAUUGGGGAAUACCAUCGGAGUUUCAACAACCAUGUCAUGGAGUAUUGAGAACAAUGGCUGCAUAGGCCAGUCGGGUACUAUUAAAAUACCUGAAGCAGAGUCCAUUUGUAUUGUGUGUAGUCCCCAACUGAUGAGGCAGAAGGGAGGAAAUGCAUAGAAGAAGAAUUACCCCAAUCCAGCGCGAACACAUCUACCGCUGCUGCCUCAGGGUCUGGUUCCCAAGCGACAUACAUAGGUACCUGGUGAUUUAGCCAAUGCAAAUAAAUCGAUAUCUGGUGUGCCAUAUUGCUUGAUAACUUUUGUGAAUUUUUUGGGGUUUAACAUCCAUUCGAUGUUGUCAUUAAAUUUACGUGACCUGGUGUCUGCCACUGUAUUUAGCUUACCUGGCAGGUAAGUUGCUGAUAGCCAAAUAUGUCUUUCGACACACCAUUGCCAAAUUGUGUUGACCAACUUGUCGCAUGAUACCGAUUUUAUGCCGCCCAUUUGGUUAAUGUAGGCCACCACCGUAGUAUUAUCUAUUUGUAACCGUACAUGCAAGUGAUGCAUAUUUGUGCAUAUGCUUUUAAACCAUAAAAGUCACCCAACAUCUCUAGAUAAUUAAUGCCCAGUGUAAAUGGUGACGAUGACUCUGGGUUAGUCCAUCUACUACUUGUGCUGGAUAUAGAGUUAGUUGCUCCCCAGCCUUGAGCACUGGCAUUUGUUUGGAUAACUAACGUAGGGUUAGUGAUGAUAAUAGGGCUGAAACAAUGCCAAAUGUUUUUUUGCCCACUCCUGUAGUUCUGAUAUUGCUUCAGUGGGUAACUUUAUGACACGGUAAUAAUGACCUGUAUGUCGUUUUGGUGCCUGUACCUUUGCUCUUUGUAAAUUUUGACAGUGCAAAGGUCCGAAUCAUUAAAUUGUUGCAUGAUUGUGCCAAUUCAACUGUUUUGUCUCUUGGCAAUGUUACAGUCAUGUAGACUGAAUUAAUUGUGAAGCCCAAGUAGUCCAUGAUUGUGGAUGGCUUCAACUUAGAUUUAUCUGGAUGUAAGACAAUCCCAGGGUUUUGAAUAACUGUUUGGUAGCUUAUACAGCUAACAUAGUCAAUUCCAUGGUCUUGCCUAUUAUUUAAGAUAUCAUCAAGUUAUGCCAUGACAAUAUGUUUUUGUCUUCUGAAUAUUGCCAGAGCUGGUUUUAGUAUCUUGGUGAAUAAUCUUGGGCUGAUGUGAACCCAUUGGGUAACGCUUUAAACUGCCAUGGCUGCCCCAUCCAGGUAAAUUUCAGGUAUCUGCGAUGGUCCUUGUGAAUGGUCCUAAAUAGUAAACAUCUUUAAGAUCAAUGCUUGCCAUGAAGUAUCCUUUGGAAAUUUGUUGUUUGGCAGUAACAACCGUUUCCAUUUUGAAAUGUAUAUGCUUAACAAACAAAUUUAGUAAGGUUAAGUCAAUGAUGAUGCGACAUCCACCAUCUUUUUUGGGUUUAGUGACGAAUAUUUGAUAUGAAUUCCAAGGGUUCAUGUUUUCCCAUGAUACCCUUUGUAAUUAGUCUCACCAGUUCAGCUUGUCCCUCUCGUUUCCUUAACGGAGAGGGAAAAUACCCUCUGGGGUGAAUGUUGAACUGGUGGCAAUUUUUCUAGUAUGAAUUGUAUUUUGUAUCCACUAAUGCCAUUGAGUAUAUACUGAUCACUCGUGAUAGACUCCCGUGCUUCUUAAAACAGGUGUAAUCUCCCCGCUAUUAGUAUUAAGCCCAUAUUUUCUAUAUGCUGGUAGUAACCAGACCCAACUACCUCCAUGGUUAUGGCUAUUGUUCUGUUUCCUGCCGGUCCAACGAGUCUUGCACGUUGUCUGACGUGGCGGUGAUGUUGGGGGGUGGCGCAUUUUCCAUGGGGUCCGCUAUGGGCCCUGGUCUAAAGAAGACUUCCGGGGAUAGAAUGCGGACCCCGAGCUUUACACCAGUCCCAUAUGGUAGACGUCGACUGAUGGACGCGAUGGGGUGCUGCUGCUUAGGAAUUAUUGUUUUUGGUUUGCUCGUCCCGGGCCUGCCCUCAUGAGACCAAAAGUUUUUUAAAGCCUCUUCCAUAUCCUUCAUAUGCUUUGUGAGGUCUUUGCCAAAGAGCAGUGGGUCUGGCUCAGUGGCUGGGAUAUGCACAACCCCGCAAAUUUUGGAUUUUAUGGCAGGUUUUAUGAUUUGUUUAUGAAGAUUGUGGUCAUCUCCGUAUUUGUCCACGGAACGAGCAAACGAUGUGAUGGCUGAUGUCAGGAGCCUGAGGAUCCGCUGCAGUUUUCUAAGGCCUUAUUGACCACCUCUCCUGUAGGGGCCUGUUGGAGAGGUGGUUAAAGCUGGCCGCUGGUUUGGCCUUUAACGACCUCUUGCACGUGGGGUUGCCACGUAGCGGUCCACCACACCUAGCAGCUCUUCCUGUUCCUGCACCCCUUGCAUACUCCCGAGAUCUUCAGCCAUCGUCCCCUCUUCUUGACCAGCCCAGUCCUGGUCACCAAAGCUACCCUCGGGUAAGGAGGAAGCAAUGGGCAGUGCACAAGGCACUGUGGAGGGAGUGCGUGAUCUCCCCCUGUGAGAGCGCCCCUCACGAAGUGCGUCUCGCUGGAGCUCCUGCUCCAGGAGCCGCUCCAGGCAGCUGUCUCUCCCUCGGGCGGGUGGAGAGACGUCCCCGUCCGAUAAGUCAGAAGCCACCGGCCGGAUGCCUCUUCCGUGGCUUUACUUCCAGUCCGCUGCUCAGGCGCUAGCGGGCUGGGCUCGGCUCGGUGUCGGGAAAAAGCGGAGCGCCGAGUAAGCGGUCCUACCGCCUUGUUGCUGCCCCAUCCCCAGAUGGAAUGCUCCUCCGUGGAGUCGAGCGGGGGACAGAUUUGUCCAAGAGCCUUUCUUCUCUGCCUGAAAGCAGAAGGCUCCCUGUGAACGAAAACCCAACCUCAGGGUACUUACCUGAUGAUCCGUUCUUUCACCUGUAGCGGGAGCACCUGACUCCCGGUGCGCCGCUGUUGCACUGCUGAACGUAAUCCCGCGCAAGCGUGCUGAGCGGGCUCUUCACGUAGUCACUUACGUGACUCCGAAGUAAAAUUGGCAGUGUUACUGAUAGUGAAGAAUAAUGUUUGCUGCCACUGGAGGGCAGCACUAGAUUGUCCAUUGAUUGUGUGGCAUGUGGAAUUCAAUCCAGAGAAUGUGAAGUGAUCGAUGGACACAACAUGCUGUAGUAACUCAGUGGGUCAGGCAGCAUCUCUGGAGAAAAGGAUAGGUGACAUUUCGGGUCAAGACCCUUCUUCAGACCAACUUCAGACCUUCUUUGUGUCAGAAGAAGGGUCUCGACCUCUGUGAAAUCUCCUCAAGGUAGGCCUAUUUCAUGGAGGUUCUCCUCUGAUGGGAGUUCGGCAACACCCUUUCUCGCUGCUACUCCUCUGUGGCUGAAGAAGGGUCACGACCUGAAACGCCACCUAUUCCUUUUAUCCAGAGUUGCUGAGUUACUCCAGCAUUUUGUCUACCUUCGGUGUAAACCAGCAUCUACAGUUCCUUCCUAUACACAGUGAAGUGAUAGAUUUUGGGCAGGGCCAACUUGGUUAACUCCUUGUAGCCGAACCCCCUGAUGGCAUCUGGGCAUUCUGGAUCAGAGCACACCACCACUCCUUUGGGAUUGGCAUUAGAGAGCAACUGGACACUGGAAGAUCCUGAAAAGAUAAGACUAUUGUUUAAAGUCAUUGGUGAGUAAAGGUGACUCUGGCAUGAAUGAUAGAUUAGGAUACAUGAAUAAUUAAUUUACAUAUACCACCAAACGAUGUUCAAAAUAACUGGGAUGAUGCGUUAAGAAGAGAGUGGUUUGAUAUUGACGGAUCUAAAAUAUAUGUCGACAUAUUUUCCCUCAAUAAAUUCCAUCUUCCAUAGUCUGGCCACUCAAUGCCUCUGUCUGUAUCUUUGUAAUUUGCACGACAUCCUCAGCUUCCUAAUUCAGUCGUGUCUGUAAACAUGGAACAUCAUGUGAACAAGUGUGAACAUCCGGUCACUGUCUAAACUAUGAACUGAGUUUCACUCGCAACUUUGCUGUCUGAACCGCUAAAUGCUUCCAGGAUUUUCCUUCAGAUCUGAUUUUGCUUUUAUAUAUAACUCUGAAUUCUCCCAUUUGGUUAAAAGUGAAGAUCCCUAAGGAUUACCAAGGAUUGCCAUUUGACACACUCAGCGAAUCAUGGAACUUCUCUGUCUCUUGUUUUACAAAAUCACCUCAUAUUUUGUGUGUUCACAUUUUUGGAACCUAAUGAAAUCCUUUGUGCAAAUUAAAUGGAGGCAAUAUCCACAAAAGUUUCAUCAUCAUCACUGACAAUGAGGGAGGAGUUGUUGUCUUUAAGCCAUAUUACUGAGCUCUCUAUCUCCUUCCUCUCCGGCUGUGAAAAAGACUGUGAUUGCUGACAAGACUCUCAACUGUUCAUGUACCAAGUCUCACAUUUCUGCUCUCAAUCCCUCUCCGUCCACCCAGAACAAGGAUAGGGUUCCACUUGUCCUCAUCUCCCACCUCUGUCAGUUCCACAUUGUUAAUGAGGGUUUUCCCACAGAGUAAUUGCGGCAAAGGACAUUGGCUUAGAAUAGCAGAUUCCCACUAGUCACAGACCUCCAGCCAGAAUAUCUUCCUUCCACACCCCUGCGUCUUCUAUGAAUAAGCCAUUUCUGAAUGCAUAUGAACAAGUCAUCGUGAAUUCUAGACAUCUUACAUUUCUGGAUCAGCUUAUCAUGAGAAAAUUAUCAAAAACCUUACUAAAAUCAAUAUCUACAACAUCCACUGCCUAACCUUAAUAGUGCAACUCCUCCAGUACAUUUACCUCCUUCUCAACCACACUUGAAACAUCAAAAAACCUGGAACAUUAAGCUGUAAGUUAUGUCCUGUUUGAUAGCUUGAUAUAAAUGAUUAUCAUAUCAUAAGAUCAUGUGAUAGGAGCAGAAUUAGGUCAUUCAGCCCAUCAAGUCUACUCCACCAUUCAAUCAUGGCUGAUCUAUCUCUCCCUCCUAACCCCAUUCUCAUGCCUUCUCCCCAUAACAUCUGACACUCGUACUAAUCAAUAUUGUUAUCUGGAUGAGAAAACAGGAGAGACACUUGGGUAUAAAGAGAGCAAAAGACUACUUUAAAUAUAAAUUAGGAGAGGAAAGGGGCAAGAAAAAAUAUCACUGACAGUCAAAAUUAAGAAGCAUCCCAAGGAUUGAACAAUUGUAUUAGAGUAAGAGGGUAACCAGGGAAAGAGUAGGAGCCAAGGAAAGUGAGGACUCUUGCAAUGAACAACGGGGACCCGGCAUGGGGGGGAUUGCAUUGAGGGACAGUGGGCGAACAAAGUGGGAACUUUAAUUUUAGGAUCCUCUUCUGCAUUUGUUUGUUUUGUUUGUUCGUUCGUUCUGGUUAAGGCGCUGUGCACACGCCAGCCAACAGUUGCUUGUCUUUUUCUUUUUCUUCACUUUUAAUUUCAAGUAUUUGUGUACCUUGGGUGUUGUGACUGUUGGCAGACAAAUUUCCCUCCGGGGAUGAAUAAAAUGUUAUCGUUUCGUAUCGUAAAACUGCUGCCAGAUGUUGUAAAUUUUUGUAUCAUCUGCCCGACAGGAGAGGGGACAAGUAGGAAUAACAGGGAAGUGAAUGGUCUUUCACUAUGUUGGUUGCUUUCACAAGGCAGUGUGGAGUGUAGGUUAAAGUAAUUGCCAAACUAGGCUGUGAUGUAAUCAAUAGGAUGCUUUAUGCGGUCCAUGUGUAGACAUUUGUAAGAGUUGUUGGAAGCAUGCUGAAUAUCCUUUGUCUUCUUUAUCUGACUCUGCAACAGAAUGUUACAUAUACUAAACGGAUGUUACUAGAACUGCCAGCUUUGUUCCUGAUUUACUGCUCAGUUUAACACACUGUGUACAGUCAACAAGCAUUUACAUGGAGCAGGAUUUAACCUUUGAUAUUCAGUGUUUGUACUUUUAAGCUGUUGAUUUUACAAAAGGUAUUGUUUGUCAUUUCAGUGCAGAGUGAAAGAGCGAAGCUCAGGAGAAAACAAAAGAGUUUACAAAUUGAGGAUACAUGUGCAGAAUAUUCAUAAAUAUCCAAGAGCUUUCAUGCUGCCAGUCAUUUCAAAUUAUUUUUGUUGUCAUCAUCUGUUCUGAUCUUUGGUUGUUAUUACCCACAGGUCUAACAGCAAACACAUCCCUGAUCCAAUCCCCAGGAGCUCUGGUGGUGCGUGAAGGUGAAACAGUGGAGAUACGGUGUGUCCUGAACAGCACCAAUGUGAAUAACAUUGUGAAAUCAAACCACGUUCACUGGUACAACUCACGUGAUAAAUUAACUGAUGCAGGAAUCAAACUUAGUCUUUAUGUCAGUGGCAUCAUUUACAGGUCACUGGGCUUCUCCGAUCGAUUUCAGCUUUCCAGGAACGUCAUCAGUAACAGCUACUCACUGACCAUCAGAGAGGUGAAGAUUGCCGACUCUGCUGAUUACAUCUGUGGCCUUUGGGGGAAUUUAUUUGGAGAUGGAACCAAGCUGAAUGUAACCAUUGCAAAUCCUCCGAUCCUGAUCCAAUUCCCGAGGCUGGAGCGUGUCACUGAGGGUCACACGGCAUGGUUACGGUGCUCCAUGGAGAACGCUGAAGUGGGAAACACUGAUGUCCACUGGUACCGAGAACUACCCGGGCAGGACAUGGAGUGGGUUUUAACACACGAGGCAGGAGGCAGCGUACGAAGGAGACCAGGCUUCACUGAGCGGUUCCAGCCGUCCAAAGACGCCUCCAACAGCAGCUUCAUCCUGAAUGUCACAAACGUGACGCUCAAUGACUCUGCCGUCUAUUACUGCACAGUGUGGGGAGAUGUCAGAGGGAACGGAACCCAACUCAACGUAACCAGUGAGUACAAAUUAUUGUUGGUUUUAUUCCACCCAUGUGUAACUAUAUUGGGUGUAAUUCACUUCCCUUGAUUAGGCACAUGAGCCGGAAUUACUGAAAGAUUAAGGAGAUAAUACUGGAGCCCUGAUUUUGGAGACCAAUACAUUGUGGCCCCUCACUAAUGGUGUGAGCACUGAUACGGUAACUGAUGUCAGAUCUGGGUUGUGGGAAAUAAAUUUCAAUGUGCAGUGUGUUCUUCAAUGUAGAGAAAACUAGAAAUAGUGUUCAGUGCUCAGUGUAAUAGCAUGGCACUGCUCACAUCUGUUUGAGUUAAGGUACAGGAGAGCAGAACUACAACUUGUCAUGGCUUUAGAUUAACCAAUGCUGCCUCCUUAUUUCAAUGGUUCAAUAGUUCUUUAUUUGUUACAUAUGCAACUGGGCAGUGAAUUUAGUUUUACAUAUAUUACACAUGCUGGCACUGCCAUGUUUUGGCGUCAUGAUCAUUCAAAGUGCAACGUCCGGUCAGCCUACAGCUCGUUGUACUGGAGUAGUUCCAACAAACCGAUGUCCCUCUCCUCUCCUCGCCCGGCCAUCUUUGUGUCCC